CGCGCUGGCCUCUACAAACAUAUAUAUCACAAGCUUUUCUCUCUCGAGGUCUUCUCUUCUACUUUGGCACUGAAACGUACUCCUGAUUCCUGAAGUACAUUUUUGGUUCUCCAGCUCUCUUCUUCUGCUAGUCCUUUCAUCCUUAUCCUCUCCCCGAAUUUUAUAUACAUAGACUAACAGAGCAGCAUUCAUAUUCUUCCCUCCUCUUCCCUCUCCAUCUCAUAUGGAGGGAAAAUAACAAUGAAACAAACAUAUUUAUUUUCGGGUGAGAGUGGGUGAUGAUGGAGAAAGCAAAUACGUCCGGGGGGCUGGCAAGAACGAGAUCGGACCAGCUGGUGGAGUCUCUGAAGGCGCAAUCUUCAAGUGAAUCGAUGGGGUUGGUGGUGGAGCAGGCAGGAGCCGGGGGCGCCGGAGCCACUCCGUCGAGGAGGUCAAGUCGUCGGAUGACGGCGGCAUCGCCGGGGAGAAGCGGAGGAGGGAAGAACACGCACAUAAGGAAGUCGAGGAGCGCUCAGCUGAAGUUUGAGCUGGACGAGGUGAGCAGCGGCGCGGCUCUUAGCCGAGCUUCGAGUGCCAGCCUGGGCCUUUCUUUCUCCUUCACCGGUUUCACCCUUCCUCCCGACGAAAUCGCCGACUCCAAACCCUUCAGCGACGACGAUAUCCCGGAGGAUAUUGAAGCCGGAGCCGAUAAACCAAAACUUCAAACAGAACCCACUCUGCCCAUUUGUCUCCAGUUCAGGGAAGUCGGUUACAAGGUGGUGAUCAGAGGCAUGACAACGAAGGAGGAGAAGGAGAUAUUGAAUGGGAUCACUGGUUGCGUCAAUCCAGGAGAAGUUCUGGCUUUGAUGGGUCCUUCAGGAAGCGGAAAGACGACUCUCCUGAAUCUUCUUGGAGGCAGGCUAAGUCAGCCCACUGUAAGUGGCUCCGUCACUUACAAUGGGCAACCAUAUUCCAAGUUCUUAAAGAGCAGGAUUGGAUUCGUGACUCAAGAUGAUGUUCUGUUUCCUCACCUCACUGUGAAGGAAACACUGACGUACGCAGCACUCUUGAGACUGCCAAAGACAACCACGAAGGAGCAAAAGGAAAAACGAGCUUUAGAUGUCAUUCAUGAGCUUGGGUUGGAGAGGUGCCAAGACACUAUGAUAGGCGGUUCUUUUGUCCGUGGAGUAUCUGGUGGAGAAAGGAAGAGAGUUUGUAUUGGCAAUGAGAUCAUAAUCAACCCUUCUCUUUUGUUUCUGGACGAGCCAACUUCUGGUUUGGAUUCUACGACAGCCUUGAGAACUGUUCAGAUGCUACAAAACAUAGCAGAGGCUGGCAAAACAGUAGUGACAACAAUUCACCAGCCAUCUAGCAGACUGUUCCACAAAUUCGAUAAGUUGAUCCUUCUGGGAAAAGGGAGCUUGCUUUACUUUGGAAAAGCAUCAGAAGCAAUGCCUUACUUCCAAUCUAUAGGAUGCUCACCUCUUAUUGCCAUGAACCCGGCAGAAUUUUUGCUGGACCUUGCCAAUGGAAACAUAAAUGAUGUAUCUGUACCAUCAGAGUUAGAGGAUAAAGUACAGAUGGGAAAUGCAGCAACUGAAACCCGGAAUGGGAAACCAUCACCUGCACUCGUACAUGAGUAUUUGGUGGAGGCCUAUGAGACUCGACUUCCAGAAACAGAGAAGAAAAAGCUAAUGGAUCCUAUCCCCCUUGAUGAAGAAGUGAAGACCAAGGUUUCUUCUCCUAAAAGACAAUGGGGUGCGAGCUGGUGUGAGCAAUAUUCCAUACUAUUCUGGAGGGGAAUCAAAGAGCGGAGACAUGACUAUUUUAGCUGGUUGAGAAUCACCCAAGUUCUGUCCACUGCAAUCAUCUUAGGAUUACUUUGGUGGCAAUCGGAUGCCAGCACACCAAAGGGUCUUCAGGAUCAGGCGGGGCUGCUUUUCUUUAUUGCUGUGUUUUGGGGAUUCUUUCCGGUGUUCACUGCAAUAUUCACCUUUCCUCAAGAGAGAGCCAUGCUGAAUAAGGAACGUGCAGCUGAUAUGUAUAGACUAAGUGCAUACUUCUUAGCUAGGACCACGAGUGACCUUCCAUUGGAUUUGAUAUUACCGGUGCUUUUCCUCCUUGUUGUUUAUUUCAUGGCUGGCUUGAGAGUGAGUGCAGCUCCCUUUCUCCUCAGCAUUCUCACUGUUUUCCUCUGCAUCGUGGCGGCUCAGGGACUUGGACUUGCCAUUGGUGCUACACUAAUGGACUUGAAGAGAGCAACAACUUUGGCUUCAGUUACUGUGAUGACCUUCAUGCUGGCUGGAGGAUUCUUUGUGAAGAGAGUCCCUAUAUUUAUAUCUUGGAUUCGAUACAUGUCAUUCAACUACCACACAUAUAAACUUCUACUGAAGGUGCAAUAUGAGCAUAUAACACCAAGCGUAAACGGGAUGAGAAUUGACAGUGGUUGGACGGAGGUGGCUGCUCUGAUAGCCAUGGUUUUUGGUUAUCGCUUCUUGGCUUACCUUUCUUUGCGACGGAUGAAACUUCAGUGAAUUUGGAGCUCAGAAGUUGAAACCGUCCAUGCAACUAUAAAGAGGCCUGAGCGCUUCCACUCUCCUUGAACGAGUCAAUAUUGAAUGAAGGAACAUGACAAAGUGCUAAGUUUGGGCGAGAGAGAUUUCUAUUAAUCUCUUUUAUAAUUUGCAGUGCUGUAGUUCAUGAGAAUUUUGAAGCGCUAACAGGCCUGCUCGAUGAUAUCUUGAAAUAUCAGUAGAUCGAUGAUUCCAGAGAUUUUUAUUAUUUUCCAAUUCUGAAGAUUACGCAGCUCAGGCAAUCAGAGACCUUUGGUAUUUUUCAACUUUAAAUGACUGGUGUUAGUUCAAUUCAGCUUAAAUGAUCGUUCCGCGUAAAUUUUAUGCAGUGCCCCCUAAAUACGUUAAACAAAUUGAGUCGAACAUUGCGAUUUUGUAGUGUUACAUGAAUAAUGACAAUGGCGUUUAACAA